AUGACCCUGGAAUACCUAGGCCAGUGCCAUCCGUACGCUGGGAAAAGUGCCACAAUGAUGUCAGAUGUUGGCCUUGGUGGCUCUGUGGUAAUGGGCCUUUUGGAUUGUCUACCAAAGGAUGUUAGAUUUCAGGUCACUUUUGACAACUAUUUUACAUCCCUUCCCCUUCUCAAGGCUCUUGCUGAGAAGAGAAUUGGUGCCACAGGAACUCUGAGGUCCAACCGUCUACCCCAUGAAGACUACCCCCAUGAAGACCCCAGGAUCAUCAAAAAGAAGCCAAGAGGAAGUUACACAUACCACUACUCCCCCUAUCACAAAGUCGUUGUUACACAAUGGAAUGACAAUAACGUUGUUACAAUUGGAUGA